AUGAAAGAUAAUCUCAUGCUUAAGACUGAGGGACAACUACAAGACGAUUACAUGACCCUCAUGGGAAGAAGAGCUAUGUAUCCUCUUUGUAAAGCUAAGUCAUCUAAGGAGAAAGAAUCUUGCGUGAUCUGUUUCGACGAGGACAUUGAUUCUGAUCUCAUGUUUUCUGUUGAUACAUGCCGUCAUCGGUUUUGUGUUAACUGUGUGAAACAACAUUUAACUGUGAAGCUUCUUGAUGGAACGAUACCUAAUUGUCUUCACCACGGCUGCACGACUCAGCUGUCUGUUGAUACAUGUGGCCAGUGCCGUGCCUACACAUUUGGGGACCUAAGAACCGAGCUUGUUUUAGGUUCUGCAUGUGGACAUAGGAAAUGCUUGAAAUGUGGUUGCUCCUUCUGCUUCUACUGCAAGGCUCCAUGGCAUAGUAUGCUAUCAUGCACCGAUUACAAGAAGUUGCAUUCUAAUACUCAAAAUGCAAAGCUGAUUUCUCUGGCAAAUCUUAGUGGGUGGCGUCAAUGCGGCAAGUGCAACCACAUGGUUGAACGUUCUGGCGGAUGCGGCCACAUGACUUGUAGGUAA